UCUCGGAGCGUAAACCGUAUUUAAGCUUUUGACUCCAGGAUUCCAAAAACAAUGCUGGGAUCGUUUUCUCACCGGAUAUUUUAGGCAAGAGCGCCUUUCUUGUUUUCUGUUAAUCUGGCUUGCCUAGUCACUAAAUUGGUUCCUGGCCGUUAUUGAGGAUUUUAUUUUUGGACUCGUCAAUGCCAGAAUCUACUAAAGAUGUCCGGACCCCUUCGGCGGGCGGACAAUGGGACGGAAAAGCUGUCGUUAAGUCUGCCGAUAUGUCCGAGGAUAUGCAAGAGGUUGUCAUCGACUUAGCAAUGCAAGCAAUGGAACGAUACAACAUUGAGAAGGAUAUUGCUGCGCAUAUCAAAAAAGAACUUGAUCAACGAUUCGGACAGACAUGGCACUGCAUCGUCGGUCGAAAUUUCGGAAGCUACGUUACACACGAGACACGACACUUCAUCUACUUCUACCUUGGUCAUAUUGCGAUUUUAUUAUUCAAAACUGCGUGAGAGUGUAUACUAUAUACGAACAAAUCAUAUCAUGACAUACUCAAUCAUACAAAAUUCAUCGUAUAAGAAUUCUGAAAAUCUACCAACGGCAAAUUGCGGCCGGAUCAUCCGAUUGUGAUAUGAGGGCAGGAUUGCACGUUUGAUCUGGGGUAGUUAUGAGCCACCACCAGACCUCUACAACAGCCUACAAAAACAUCAUAGAUUAACUCUUUCGUUCAUUACGUAGUAAUUGAGAUAACUUGACACUCAAACAUAAUCGAAAUUAUAUCUAGAUAUAAU